GGCGGCCGAGGGGAGACGCUCGCGCGCCACGGGGUACGGAGGCUGAGCUCUGGGACCCUAGGGCGUCUGCAGGCGGGCGCCGCGGCCGAGGCACCCCCACAGCUCCGGGUUCCUGGAGGCUCGCACGGUAAAAAAAAAAGACAGCUGCAGCCAACUUGUGUGGGACUCCCUUGGCUCUUCUGGCCCAAGACGCUACCACUCCCUCUCCCUGGCAGGCUGUGUUCUGGGCCUCACCUAGACAGUCUGAGUAGGACCAAGCCAUCUCAUCCAUCACAGCCAUGAAUUUCCUCCGGCGGCGCCUCUCCGACAGCAGCUUUGUGGCCAACCUGCCUAACGGCUACAUGACAGACUUGCAGCGCCCAGACAGCUCCACCAGCUCCCCUGCUUCCCCGGCCACGGAGAGGAGGCACCCCCAGCCCCUGGCAGCCUCCUUCUCCUCUCCGGGAUCCAGCCUCUUUAGCUCCUUCUCCAGUGCCAUGAAGCAGACCUCACAGACCCCCUCGGGGCUGAUGGAGCCUCCGGGUCCCUCCACGCCUGUUGUUCAGAGGCCCAGGAUCCUGUUGGUGAUUGAUGAUGCCCACACGGACUGGGCCAAGUACUUCCAUGGAAAGAAGGUGAAUGGAGAGAUUGAGAUCCGAGUGGAACAGGCUGAAUUCUCAGAGUUGAAUCUAGCUGCCUAUGUUACUGGGGGCUGCAUGGUGGACAUGCAAGUCAUGAGAAAUGGGACCAAGGUUGUGAGCAGAUCCUUCAAGCCGGACUUCAUCCUUGUCCGCCAGCAUGCCUACAGCAUGGCCCUGGGCGAAGACUACCGCAGCCUGGUCAUUGGCCUCCAGUACGGAGGGCUGCCUGCCAUCAACUCCCUCUACUCUGUCUACAACUUCUGCAGCAAGCCCUGGGUGUUCUCUCAACUCAUUAAGAUCUUCCAUUCCCUGGGUCCUGAGAAGUUCCCGCUUGUGGAGCAAACAUUUUUCCCCAACCAUAAGCCAAUGCUCACAGCCCCACACUUCCCUGUGGUGGUCAAGCUGGGACACGCCCAUGCCGGAAUGGGAAAGAUCAAGGUAGAAAACCAGCACGACUACCAGGACAUCACCAGCAUGGUGGCUAUGGCCAAAACCUACGCCACCACCGAGGCCUUCAUCGACUCCAAGUAUGACAUCCGCAUCCAGAAAAUUGGAUCCAACUACAAAGCUUACAUGAGAACCUCCAUCUCUGGAAACUGGAAGGCCAACACAGGCUCUGCCAUGCUAGAGCAGGUGGCCAUGACAGAGAGGUACCGGCUGUGGGUGGACAGCUGCUCGGAGAUGUUUGGUGGCCUAGACAUCUGCGCUGUCAAGGCCGUCCACAGCAAGGAUGGCAGAGAUUACAUCAUUGAGGUGAUGGACAGCUCCAUGCCCCUGAUUGGAGAGCACGUGGAAGAGGACAAGCAGCUGAUGGCCGACCUCGUUGUCUCCAAAAUGAGCCAACUCCUGAUGUCAGGGGGCACAGUGCCCUCGCCCCUGAGGCCUUGGGCUCCUCAGACUAAACCAGCAAAAUCCCCCGGGCAAGCCCAGCUGGGGCCUCCGCUUGGCCAGCCCCAGCCACGGCCACCCACACAAGGGGCCCCUCGCCAAGCUCCGUCUCCUCAGCCCCCAAGGUCUGGAAGCCCCUCCCAACAGAGGCUCUCCCCACAAGGCCAGCAGCCCCUGAGCCCCCCAACUGGAUCUCCACAGCAGCAGAGGUCACCAGGCUCUCCACAGCUGUCCCGCGCGUCCGGAGGCAGCUCUCCAAACCAGGCCUCCAAGCCGGGCGCCACCCUUACCUCACAGCCCCGGCCCCCCGUGCAGGGCCGCAGCACCUCCCAACAGGGCGAAGAGUCCAAGAAGCCAGCAACACCCCACCCUCAUCUCAACAAAUCCCAGUCCCUGACUAACAGCCUCAGCUCGUCCGACACCUCCCAGCGUGGGACCCCAAGUGAAGACGAGGCCAAGGCCGAGACCAUCCGCAACCUGAGGAAGUCUUUUGCCAGCCUGUUCUCUGACUAA